AUGGCUAACGACCCUGAAAGAUUUGAUUCGAUGCUGUUAGCAAUGGCACAACAACAUGAAGGUGGUGUAAAAGAUCUUCUUUCUACAAUUGUUGGAUUCUUGGCCCGCAAAACAGACUUCUUCACUGGAGGGAAAGACGGAGAAUGGGAGAAAGUAGUGAAAGACACUUUUUAUACACAUGCAAAGAAAGCACGUGAUGAGGCUGAAAAAAUUAAAAAAGAGAAAGAUGAAGCUGAAAAAAGGUUGAAGGAUAUACAGCAAAGAAAAGAACAGGAAAGGCUUGCACAAGAUUUUGAACCAGCUACUGUUACUGAGAUUACUGACCAGGAGGCUGCCAAAAUGCAAGAGGACAUUGAAAAGGAUAACAAGAAUAAAUCUGAGCUGGGAGCUGGUGAAGGUGCUAGCAGUGACAAAGAAAAUGACAGUAUUCCAGAUGAAGAUGAUGACCCUAAGGAGAAGGGUAAACUUAAACCAAAUGCUGGCAAUGGAUGUGAUCUUGAGAAUUACAGGUGGACACAGACAUUAGAAGAAGUGGAGCUCAGAGUACCGUUACGUCAAGUUGUGCGGCCUCGAGACUUGACUGUUAUCAUCAAUAAGCGGCACCUAAAAGUUGGCAUCAAGGGCCAACCGUUAAUCAUAGACGGCGAGCUCGAUGCUGAUGUUAAGGUGGAAGAGUCCACGUGGGUACUCCAGGAUGGAAGGAACCUGCUCGUCAACUUAGAGAAGGUUAACAAAAUGAACUGGUGGGGCCGCCUUGUUACUACUGACCCAGAAAUAUCUACGAGAAAAAUUAACCCAGAACCUUCAAAGCUCUCAGAUUUAGAUGGGGAGACGCGCGGACUUGUCGAGAAAAUGAUGUAUGAUCAAAGGCAGAAAGAAAUGGGCCUUCCCACCAGUGACGAACAAAAGAAACAAGACGUACUUAAAAAAUUUAUGGAACAACACCCGGAAAUGGAUUUCUCUAAAUGCAAAUUUAAUUAA